CAAGCCUCCAGCAUUUCCGCCGCCUCCCAAAAAUCCAAGCUCUCUUCAAUGGCGGCCGCCGCCCAAAUCCCCACCGCCGCCGCCGUCGGAUUGAAUCUGCAGCUCGCCGCCAGUCACGGCGGCGAUCCGCCGGAAGAUCCCGGCGACGAGCCAAAACUGGAGCUUCACUUAUUCAAUUCCUCCACCGCCGCCGCCGCCGCGGAAUCUUCGUCGAAUAAUGACGGCGGUAGUAAGGCGGCGGGCGGCGGCGCCACCGAUCAGGCGGCGAAGACGUUUGUGUGUAGCUUCUGCAAAAGGGAAUUUUCGACGUCUCAGGCGCUCGGCGGCCACCAAAAUGCUCACAAACAGGAGCGGGCGCUGGCGAAGAGCCGCCACACCAUGGCGGCGGCGGAAAUAGCCGCGCCGCCGCCGUACCCUUACUACCCCUACUCGACCUACUCACCUUACUACCGAUCUUCCUUAGGUUUCAGGGCAGACUCUAUGAUUCACAGACCAUUCCCAUGGUCGUCUCCACCGCCGUCGCCGGCGUACGGAUUCCGGUACGGUCCGGGAAAAAUUUUCAGGGGUACUAAUUCGAUUGAUGCAGCGCCGGUGACGGCGCCGGCGACGUACGAUAGAUUGAGGAUGGAGAAUUUUCCGCAAUUAGGGCUUGAGAGGGAAGACGACGACGACGACGAUGAAGGGCCAUGACGGUAGUAGAAAUCAAGGGCUGAGAUUGAAAGAUGGGGA